ACACACGCACACACAGAAAGAAAGCUAAUUGAAGAAACCACCUGAAGACUCUAGAAAAGGAAAGAUGGCGAUGAGGUGUGUCGUUUCGCGCGGUGUAGUGUGUCGUUUGGCUGAGGGAAACUGGCAAAAAUCGAAACUUUGCUGCUUCAGCGACGACAGAGGACGGGUGCUCAGUGAAGAAGAGCGUGCUAAGGAAACAGUUUACAUUCAGAAAAUGGAGAGGGAGCGGAUGGAGAAACUGAAGAAGAAGAAGGCGGAGCAAGAGAAAGCUGAAAAGGAAAAAUCUGACAAGAAGUCUGAAGGAGAUGCUCAUAAGAGCUGAAAUCAGUUCGUCUAAACUCAGAUGACUUGUGAACUUCUGGUAUCUGGGCUACUGAGAACAUAAACCUACUUUGAUCUUUGUAUAGAGGUUUGUUCCUUGUUAACGUUUUGCAAGUGGUUCUAUUAUAGAGUUUCUUUUGCUUUUUCUUUCAUCGUUGGUUUUCUUGAGGUGUGUUUGGUACCGGAUUUGCAUCUUUUACAGUCUCAAUGUCAUGUCUUGCUUGAUAUUA